AGUUUUUUUUUUGUAUGAAAAUAAUUAAAAAGUAAUAAAUAAAUUAUAAUUUCAUAUUAAAACAAAUAGUUGUUGAUAAUUUAUAAUACAAGUUUGCAAGUCAUUUUCGAGUUUUAUCGAAUAAAGUGCCUUUCACGAACAUUAAACAAUAACGGAAAAUGAAUUUUGCCGGUCACUUACUUAUUUAUAUUCUUAUCAAUUUUUUAAUAAUUUGCAUAAAAUGUGAGGUUUCUUUGAGGGGUAGCAUAUCGUUUUUAUAUGACAAGAUUAGUGAUUCCAUAGCUUAUGUACCAUGUAGAUUUAUGGAAUGUUGUACUGAUGAAUAUGUUUCUCCUGAUAUUGACAGUGAAAUUAGAAGAUCUUCUCACUACAAAUCUUUAUGGGCAAGACAUUGCUCACCAUGUGAUAAUAAGUGCUUUACGUGGACAUUUAAGCCGAUUUGAUCCUCCAAAAGCUUUGGUUAUGAGCUUUCACGGUCCCCCAGGAACUGGUAAAACAUACGUGACACAGAUGAUUGCAAAAUCAUUUUAUAUGAAAGGUGAUAAAAGUCGGUUUUACCAUUUUUUCAAUGGUCGUAAUGAUUUUCCUUUGCAACAAGAUGUAGAACUCUAUAAGGCAGAAUUACGCAAAACUAUUAUAGAUAGCUUAACAAAAUGUGAGAGGUCAUUAUUCGUAUUUGAUGAAGUGGAUAAGAUGCCAGAAGGUCUAUUAAAUGUUCUUGUACCAUUCUUGGAUUAUAAUGCACAGUUUAAAUUGUGGAGAUUAUCUGGUUCUUUGUUGAAUACUAAGAAAGCAGUUUAUAUAUUUUUAUCCAACACUGGCAGUUCAAGAAUUAUACAACGUUUAUUAAAUCUUUGGGAAGAAGGAAGACAUAGAAGCAAGGCUAAGCUUCAUGAUUUUGAGAAUUUAAUAAGUGUUGGGGCAUUUAAUGAAAAAGGUGGUCUUCAUCACAGUGACACAAUUGACACUAACCUCAUAGACCAUUAUGUUCCUUUUUUGCCACUAGAAGAAACACAUAUAAAACAAUGCUUAGUCAAAGCUUUCACAGUUAGAAACGUUUCACCAAGUGAGGAUAUGAUACAGGCAGCAUUAUCUUAUACAAUUUUUGGACCUCCUCCUCAUAAUCUUUAUGCAACAGCUGGUUGUAAAAGAUUAGAGCAAAAAGUGGCUACUAUUAUAUAUAAUGAGAGGAAAAAAACUAUAAAAAGUGAAUUAUAGGAGUACACAAGCAGUAUUUGUUUUAGAUUAACAUCUGAAUAAGGACUAAAUUUUAUUGAUUAUUUUCAUUGGCACAAUCAGAAAAUACGUGUAACAGUUAAAAAAAUAGUACAAUUAAUUUGUUACUAUAAUGCGUGUAGCGAUAGUCGUGUAUUUAUAUUGUAUAUAUCUAAGAAAUGGUUAAAAUUUGCAUUGCUAACAAUAAAGAAUUACACUAUAUACAAUUGAGGCUUGGCAAUUGACUUUAAAAUAUAGUCAUAAAGAGAAAGUUGUCUAAAAUUAUGAACAUUUGAUAAUAUAAUAUUUUCGUAUGAUUCUAAUAUACAAAGAUAGACAACUUUGAUCUUUAUGAAUCAUCUUUUUCUAAAAUUUUUUGAUAUCGCCAUAUCGUACUGAAAAAUAAUGAAUUCUUCUUGUUUAUACAAGUCGCUAAAUAUAUUUGUUUUUAUACGCUCGAUUCUCAUACACGCACGUGUACUUUCUAUUUAUAUAACUGUGAUACAGCACAACCUCGAGUCAAGAGAACAACAAAAUAAAACUGUAUUUUUUAUAAUGAUAUCGAUGCGUGAGUGAAUUUACUUCUAUUUUAUACAAUGUAAAAAUGUGUUACAUUUCUUUUGUUCUCUGCUGAGGGGCAUUUUAAUAAAAGUAUUAUGAUUGCACGAU